UGCGGACGUCGACUGACUGACGGCUCCAAGAAUUUAGCCGGGAACUCGGGGAAAAUCAAGAAAAAAAAAUCUAAGCGAAAUUGCCAACGCGUGUUUACAUUUUACUUUCCUACAGGCUAAGACAAAAAAAUAUAAAAAAGCCUUUUAUACAGUUGAAAAUAUUAAAAAUGAAUACUCGUAUUAUGUUGUAGUCAUCGGAUGUAUGUUUUGUAUGUUCAAACCUCGUGCGGAUCGUUUCAACUGCGCUGAGCAGAGCUAUAAAUAAUCCAGCCACUUGAAAUUGUUUCCAUAAAACCAUAAAAUCAAAUAAAACCUAUUCCAAUCACCAACGAGAAAGGUUGCAAACCGAUUUGCUCCCCAUCAACUAUGCCGCAUUAUUUACUUUUCUUUGGCGCGCUCAUCUCGCUGCUGGCCUCAGCUUACGCCAUCAAGUGCUAUGCCUGCGAAUCCGUCUACGAGGCUAGUUGCGGCGACGACUUCGAAGUCGAGAACCAUUUCAAAUACGACUGCGCCUUUAUUGCUCCACCGCGAUUUCUGGAGAAUGAUCUGCUCAACAUCAAUGCCACGGCCUGUUUGAAACGGGUGUUCAAGGAAAAUGGCAUACGUAAGAUCGUCAGAGGCUGCUACUUUGGCGAGGUAAAUGCCACCGAUGUGUGGUGCAAAAUGGACCCCACCCUGACGGCGGUGCAGAAUUCAAGUUGUCAUGUGUGCGACAGCGAGAACUACUGCAAUGGAUCGGACAGACGUCCAGUGGAUAAAUGGAAAAUCUUCGCCAGUCUGAUCUUGUUUCUCUUGGCACCUCAACUACGCUGAAACGGCAGAAGACGAAGUGAAAAUGUGGAGCUUGAAGUGAAUAUUAAAAGGCACAGUAGCUUAAGUAAACCUAGUUCAAUUUAGAAGUAAUCCCAAUUCCCAGAACUAUCAAUUAGUAGAGUCCACAUUAGUAAAGCACUCCAUCCAUGAAACCAUUUAGUCAAAUCUGCCCCACCGUAUUAAUGGCUAAUCAAAGGCGAACAUGGCGUAUGAGCAACAUCAGCACACAUGAGCCGAAAAACUGGCAAACCAUUUUCGAACGAUCCAAAUACAAACUAAUAAAAACUAAUUUUACACAGAA